AUGCAGUCAAUUCUCCAGCACCACAGGAUCCGUAGAAAGCUCGAACAACAAUUUGUCACAAAGCAUGAGAAGCCCGACGAUGUUUGGACCCACGAGGGCCUCUACGAUUACCAUGAAGAAGAAAUUUACACGCAACCUCGCGAGCCAGGCGAUGAUUUUGCUGCCGGGCGAAGGAGGGAGCACGGUCACCGCACAUUUAUAUCUGGGCCAGCCCUUCAUCCUCGCCAUACCACUCGAUCACAUCUGGAGCGGCAAGGUGAUAUCGAGGGCGCGGAGGUCGACCCAGAAGUCUCAACCGAUCCUCAUACUAUCAAUGCAGAAGAGACGCUGGGAAACACGGCUGAUAUUAUGGUGACUGGCGUUGAAAGACCCUGGCCAGCCGAUCAUGCGACGGACAGUGAAACUGAUGUCGAGUCGGUGAAAAGGGAAAAAACCAUUAUUGUCACAUUCGAAGGUGACUGUGACACGAUGGAUCCUCAUAACUGGACACUCAGACGUCGAGUAUUGACAACCAUUCUCACUUCGCUUACUGGGGUUGUAGUUUUCUGGUCGUCUACAAUCGAUUCCGCUGCUCUCACAACCACCGAAAAAACAUUUCAUACUAGAUUUGAAGUUGAGACUUUGCCGACUGCUCUGUUUCUUGUUGGUGCCGGACUAGGCGCAUUGAUAACAGCGCCUGCAUCAGAAGUCUUCGGACGCAACCCCGUGUACAUCCCCACCAUGAUCGGGUUCAUGUUGUUCAACUUGAGCGCAGGGCUUUGCCAAACAGUGGUACAGCGAAUUGUUUGCCGCGGUCUAGCUGGGCUCUUUGGGUCUGCCCCGGCGGUUUUAUCGGCAGCAUCACUUGUGGAUGUUUGGUCUCGCAUUGAAAGAGUGUACACCUUCCCGAUCUUUGCGAUAACGAUCUUCACGGGGGCAUUGGUUGGCCCGAUACCAGGAUCAUUUGCUGUCAGUGCUCAUUCGGUAAGCUGGCGCUGGGUGGACUGGAUGACCAUAAUCCUCGCAGGACUCGUCCUGAUCCUGGUUGUACUCUUCCUACCCGAGACAUACAGCCCAGUCCUACUGUACUGGAAAGCCAAAGAGCUCCGCCGCAUGACAGGCGACGACCGGUACCGGUCCCCACUGGAGUUCAGAAAAGCCACGUUCGCCAAACGCAUGCGUGUCUCACUACACCAACCAGUUUCGCUUCUUUUGACAGAACCAAUCAUCAUGACUCACUCGGUCUCCCUCUCCCUGCUCUUCAUGGUUCUGUAUACCUUCAUCGCGGGCUACGUUUCUAUCUAUGAGCUAGAAUACCACUUUCGCCCGACCUCCACCUCCCUCGCGUUCCUGGGCAUUGAGGUCGGAGUCCUUCUUUCUGCUCUGACAAUCCCGCUUUCAAUGUGGCUCAUCCGUAGAGAGAUCUACCGCAGCCGUGAGAGGGGUCAACAUCGCCCAGACCCGGAGAUCAGUCUGUACAUGGGCAUGCUCGGUGCACCUGCUGUCCCCGCCUCGCUAUUCUGGAUGGGAUGGACGGCCAAGCUCGAGAUUUCGUACUGGAGCCCGCUCGUGGCUUCGGUAUUGUAUGGCUUUGGGACGCUGUGUCUUUUCGUCUCGGGGUACCAGUAUGUCGCUGAUGCGUUCGAGUCACAUGCUGCAAGCGCACUUUCCUCUCUUCAGAUGCUGCGCCUUGUUGCUGCCGGUGUCAUGACUUUUAUCGCGGAAACCAUGUACAACAAACUUGGCGUUUCAUGGACGUUAACCCUCUUGGGUGGAGUUUCGCUGUUGUUUUUGCCUGUGCCUUAUUUGCUCUAUUGGAAGGGGCGAAGAAUCCGUUCAUGGAGUAGGUAUGCACGCAGGAAUGUAUGA